AUGGGAGGCACUUGGGGGGAACAGGAGGAGUCAGGACGAGACGGAAAAAGCGCGCGGGUGCGGGGUCAAGCAGCCCAACCAGUCGCUGUUGCUCCUCUGGCGUCAGCUGCGGCUGCACUCGCGCUUGUUGCUGCUCCUGCAGAUGUGACUCAUCCUCUACCCUCUCAUGCUGCAGCGGCGACUGCACCUGCUGCUGCGGCUGUGACUCCUCUACUCUCUCCUGCUGCGGUUGCAACUGCACCAGCUGCUACAGCCAUGACUCCUCUACUCUUUCCUGCUGCGGCUGCAACUACACCUGCUGCUGCGGGCGUAACUCCUCCUCUACUCUCUCCUGCUGCGGCUGCAACUGCACUUGCUGUUGCGGCCGUGAAUCCUCUACUCUCUCCUGCUGUGACUGUAACUGUGCCUGCUGCUGGUGCUGCUGCUGUGCCCACUGGAACCGCUCCUGCUCCUCACUCUCUAAUCGUAGAAGACGUUGUGUACGGGUCUAGAAUCGAACAGUGCGUUGUGUAG